AAACUAUUGACUUGAAAUUACGGUAUGACGGUAUAACGGUAUACCGUUUAUUUCUAAAAUAUAUACCGAUACCAUACCGAAGUAAUUCGGUACAGUAUUAUCCCGUACCAAAAGUGUCGGUAUACCAAACACUUCGGUAAAUUCAGUAUUUUUCGAUAUGAUAAGUCCGGUAUACCGAAAUUUCGGUAUUUUCCCCACCCCUAGUAGGGUUCUUGACCUUCACGAUGGUCAAAUUGGUGAGAAGGUUUUUGGCUAAGGUUAAAGGAGAAAGAGGGUAAGGAAGAGUGCCUUUGAAGGAAGAGCGUCGUUCGAAGGAGUAUCGUUCAAAGGAGGAGUGCCGUGGGAGGAGACUGCAGUUCAAAUUGGUAAAGAGAUUGAUUCUGUAUAUUUGAGAGAAGGGUUUGGAAGGACUCCAGAUUAUCCAUAGUAUUCAAAUUCUAUCUCUUAACUCUUUUAAUAUGACUUAUUAUUUGAUUUUACAUGUUUUUAAUUCUUUAAAAAAGAAAAGGGCAUUGUGAUAAGGAAAAAUUGACAAAAAUAAUCUCACCUUUCACUGGUCUUCUCAUACUAAUCCUACCUUUACAUAAUCUCAAAAUAAUCUCACAUUUUCAUCUCAUCUUCUUUCAUUGGACCCUGACCAAAUUUUUUUACAUUUCUUUGAAAAUCUUAUAUAAAUAAUCUCACAUUUAUAAAGAUAUAAUAGAAAAGUGAAAGGUGAGAUUAUUUAUAUGAUUUUCAAAAAAAGAGUAAAAAACAUGGUCAAGGUCCAAUGAAAGAAAAUGAGUUGCAAAGGUGAGAUUAUUCUGGGGUUACCUAAAGGUGAGAUUAUUAUGAGAAUACCAGCGGAAAAUGAGAUUAUUUUUGUUUAUUUUUCCUUGUGAUAAUAUAAGUUUAAAAUGAAGUCCUUUGAGAGGUGAAUAUACUCCUCGCCCACAUCGUACAUUUCACCUUCAAAAAAUAAAAUUUACGGAUUAUAACAAUUUAGACAAAUGAGGGGUAACUUUACAAACUAAAAAAAUGCAAUUUUCCCAUUCUUAUAAAAUUUCCUUUUCUUUUCCUCUUAACCUGCUUUCUCGGAUUGUCUUCAUUGUUUCUGGGAGAGUCCCAGACGCACUAUGCGGGUCUGUUUGUGGACGGUCAGUUGAAAUGGGCGGCGUAGGAAGAGCGGAGGUGUUUAGUAGCAAAGGGUGUUCAAGGGUGUCUGUCGACAUCUCUUCUUCAUUCAGGGGACUGCAAUCUCAUUCUUCAAAGCCACAGUUGACCAUGCAUCCGUCUUCUGCUAGCACUGAUGUAAUAGAAUCUAGGGAAGAAGCUCGCUCAGUUGGCCCAUUUUCUGGGCUUAUCAUCUGCGUAACGGGAUUGUCAAAAGAAGUCAGGAUGCAAGUUAUGAAAGCAACAGAGGAGCUGGGUGGGAAAUAUAGCCCACAUUUGCAUUCUAAAUGUACCCAUUUGGUGGUUCAAAUAUCCUUUACUUCCUCAAUCUUGCAUUCCCCUUCUUUUCUUGGGAGGUCUGUUUAUGUACUUGGAUUGUUUCCACAUCUUGUCCUAGGCGGUUGUUUAGUUAACAUAUUUAGUGUUUCUACUGUCAUGGUUCCUUAAUGCCUUUUAAAGAUUUCAUGGCCACAAAUUUGAGCAUGCCCUGAAACAUGGAUCCAGAAAUGGUCUUUCGAUUGUUACGCUGAGUUGGUUUGUGGAUUGUGUCAAAAAUAAUGAAAGGUUGAGUGAAUCACGUUACAGUGUUAAAGUUGCUGGAGAUGGUGUUUCUUUGGAUGUUUUCAACCGACUUAUCCAGAAGGAUGACAUUCAGGCUUCUUGUAUUCCUUUGGGAACAUAUGAGCGUCUUAGGAAGUCAGACGUGAUUGAAGAGCCACAACCAAAUAUUUUAGAAAGAGAAUAUGCGAAAAGAAUGAUAAGAUCUCCUUUGUCUGGUUAUUCAUUGUAUGUAGAUAUUGGUGUGUCUGAUGAACUACGUAGCAAGGUUGUUGAAGCUGCUUCUGCGCAAGGGGCUGCUUUGGUAGAUCAGUGGUUUAUCGGUUGUGGUGCCACUCACAUAGUCUGUGAAGGAAAUUCUAUUCAGAAAUAUCUUGGUCAUUCUGCAAAUAUUGUUACUCCAUUAUGGGUUCUGAAGACCGUAAAGGAAAAGCAACUGCAAAGGCUUGUUCACAUAUCAGCUGAUCUUGCUAAGCAAACAGGAACAUUGAUUGAGAAUAUUCAAUCUGGCAUUCAUAAAGAGGGAAUGAAGAUGAAUGUGGAUUUGUGGGUUGAUGCACCAAAUUCUACACCUAGAAUAAGUCAUGAUGUGAGGCAAAAGAUAGUGAAACUUGCUAAAGAUGGAGUAAGGAAGAGAAGGGGGAAACAUAUGAAGACAUUUCAAACCCCUAUGCGUCCAAUAACACCAAGUAGUCUUCUGGAUUCGAUUUGCUGGUCAAUAUCUGAGCCAACUUCAACUGCCUCUAUAUAUGUAGAUUCUUCUAGUGUUGAAGCCCCUAAACUGCAGAACACAUGUUUCUCCAAUGACGGUAAUGAGGAUGUGAAGGAAUCUGAAUUUUCAUUUGUGAACUUAUCCCGACCACUUAACGAAAGUGAGAAAUCCGAGACAGUAUUAAAGAGCAACUUUCUGACAAUACUGUUCCCAGUGGAUCGUUUUUCAGAAAUAGGUCAUUGUUCAAGAACAUAUUUCAGUGAUAGCGGCUUUAAGUGCCUGCAGGUCUUGGAUUAUAUAUAUGCCUUUUACCAGGAAGAUAUGUCUGUACAAGAUAUAGAGCUAGCCAUUCACACGGACUCCAGACAUGCUGAUCAGCUGCGCUCUGUGUAUUGCAGCCAUGAAACCACAGAGCGUGGUUACAUGGAAUUUAAACGGGUCGAGUUUAUGGGUAGCCGUAAAAGCUUUGAAAUGCUUAAGCGCAUUUCUGGGGAUAACAGUAGCAACGUGUAUGAGUUGGUGAUCAGAGCUUGACGCCAAUACAGAUUAGAUUACUGAAUCACACUUCGGUUUCAACAUUGGCAUGUAUGAGCAAGUUCUAAAUAAAAGAUUCUAAUAUAAUUUCCACAUUAGUUGCCAUCAAUUGCGCCACAUAGUGCAUGCUAUAUGUAAGACAGAAGUUGUUGUGGCUAAGGGUGGACCCAGUCCUGAUCCCGUGCCUCAAUUUUUUGGCCCAGUACCGGCCAGUUUGGUCCC